AAAACGUCYUCCAGAACAAUUUUGCUGCCUGAGAAUGCAGGGUGGGUUUGUUUUUCUGACAACUUCUGUGCGUUUUUGAAGCGACAGAUAAUAUAUUCCUUGCUUUAAAACAGAUCCGUGGUGGGAAGCUGAUGAUCUCCAACACGAGGAAGAGCGACGCUGGCAUGUACACCUGCGUGGGAACCAACAUGGUGGGGGAGCGAGACAGCGACCCCGCGGAGCUCACCGUCUUCGAGCGGCCCACGUUCCUGCGGAGGCCGAUCAACCAGGUGGUGCUGGAGGAGGAGGCUGUGGAGUUCCGGUGCCAGGUGCAGGGGGACCCGCAGCCCACCGUGCGCUGGAGGAAGGACGACGCGGAUCUGCCGAGAGGAAGGUAUGACAUCAAAGACGACUAUACAUUGCGCAUUAAGAAGGCUGUGAGCACAGAUGAAGGAACCUACACCUGCAUUGCAGAGAACCGAGUUGGGAAGGUGGAGGCCUCUGCUACCCUCACGGUCCGAGCUCGCCCCGUUGCUCCCCCACAGUUUGUGGUGAGACCACGAGACCAGAUUGUAGCCCAGGGUCGAACUGUGACUUUUCCUUGUGAAACUAAAGGAAAUCCCCAACCAGCUGUUUUUUGGCAAAAAGAAGGAAGCCAGAAUCUGCUCUUCCCAAACCAGCCCCUCCAGCCCAGCAGCAGGUACUCRGUGUCGCCAACAGGAGACCUCACCAUUGCCAACAUUCAGCGGUCCGAUGCCGGCUACUACAUUUGCCAAGCACUGACGGUUGCUGGCAGCAUUUUAGCGAAGGCUCAGCUGGAGGUGACUGAUGUUUUGACAGACAGGCCUCCACCCAUCAUCCUCCAGGGACCUGUCAAUCAGACGCUGGCAGUGGACGGGACAGCUCUGCUCAAGUGCAAGGCCACUGGCGACCCGCUUCCUGUCAUUAGCUGGUUAAAAGAAGGAUUCACCUUCCUGGGCAGAGAUCCCAGAACAUCCAUACAGGAUCAGGGGACCCUUCAGAUUAAAACCCUGCGGCUGUCUGAUACUGGAACUUACACAUGUGUUGCUACAAGCUCAAGCGGGGAGACGUCUUGGAGUGCUGUGCUGGAGGUGACAGAGUCUGGUGGAGCGACUGUCAGCAAAAAUUAUGACAUAAAUGACCUCCCCGGGCCACCAUCCAAACCUCAGGUCACUGAUGUGACUAAGAACAGUGUCACCCUGUCCUGGCAACCCGGCACCCCUGGAAGCCUGCCAGCUAGUGCUUAUAUCAUCGAGGCCUUUAGUCAGUCUGUGAGCAACAGCUGGCAAACRGUGGCUAACCACGUCAAGACCACGCUCUACACGGUGAGAGGCCUGCGCCCCAACACCAUCUACCUGUUCAUGGUGAGAGCCAUCAACUCCCAGGGUCUGAGUGACCCCAGCCCUAUGUCGGAUCCUGUCCGAACACAAGACAUCAGCCCACCCGCACAAGGUGUUGAUCACAGGCAAGUCCAGAAAGAGCUGGGAGACGUCAUUGUACGACUGCAUAACCCUGUGGUGCUGACACCCACAACAGUUCAAGUCACCUGGACCGUCGACCGCCAGUCCCAGUUUAUCCAGGGCUAUCGAGUAAUGUAUCGCCAAACAUCUGGCCUCUCUGCUCCAGCUGUGUGGCAGAAUUUGGAGGUCAAAGUCCCGACCGAGCGCAGUGCUGUCUUAGUCAACUUGAAAAAAGGGGUCACUUACGAAAUUAAAGUCCGCCCUUAUUUCAACGAAUUCCAAGGAAUGGACAGUGAAUCCAAGUCUGCCCGGACCACUGAGGAAGCUCCAAGUGCGCCUCCUCAGUCUGUUACUGUCCUGACAGUUGGCAACCACAACAGCACAAGCAUCAGCAUCUCUUGGGAUCCUCCACCUCCAGAUCACCAAAACGGAGUCAUCCAGGAGUAUAAGAUCUGGUGCCUAGGGAAUGAGACUCGGUUUCACGUCAACAAAACGGUGGACGCCGCCAUUCGCUCGGUGGUUAUAGGCGGCCUGUACCCAGGCAUUCAGUACCGCGUGGAGGUGGCCGCAAGCACCAGUGCAGGCGUGGGAGUCAAGAGCGAACCGCAACCCAUCAUCAUUGGAAGUCGUAAUGAAGUUGUCAUCACCGAGAACAACAACAGCAUAACGGAGCAGAUCACGGAUGUUGUCAAACAGCCCGCCUUCAUAGCUGGCAUCGGUGGUGCCUGCUGGGUCAUUCUGAUGGGCUUCAGCAUCUGGCUCUACUGGCGCAGGAAGAAGAGGAAGGGCCUUAGCAAUUACGCUGUCACUUUCCAAAGAGGAGAUGGAGGACUAAUGAGCAAUGGAAGUCGACCAGGUCUGUUGAAUGCGAGUGACCCCAGUUAUCCUUGGCUUGCAGACUCUUGGCCUGCCACAAGUCUGCCCGUAAACAGCAGCACAAGUGGACCCAAUGAGCUUGGAAAUUUUGGUCGUGGAGAUGUGCUGCCGCCGGUGCCAGGGCAAGGAGAUAAAACAGCGACGAUGCUUUCCGAUGGAGCCAUAUACAGCAGCAUUGACUUCACCACCAAAACUAGUUACAACAGUUCCAGCCAAAUAACGCAGGCUACGCCAUAUGCCACCACCCAGAUCCUGCACUCCAACAGCAUCCAUGAGUUGGCAGUCGACUUACCUGAUCCCCAGUGGAAAAGCUCAAUUCAGCAAAAAAAUGACCUGAUGGGAUUCGGUUACUCGCUCCCAGACCAAGGCAAAGGCAACAACGGUGGCAAAGGAGGGAAAAAGAAGAAAACCAAAAAUACUGCCAAGCCCCAGAAAAAUAAUGGUUCGACCUGGGCCAAUGUUCCCCUCCCGCCCCCUCCCGUGCAGCCGCUUCCAGGCACAGAGCUGGAACACUAUGGGGUGGAUCAGCAAGAAGCAGGAUACGACAGUGAUGGGUGGUGCCCGCCCUUGCCAGUUCAGACCUACCUACAUCAGGGCAUGGAGGAUGAGCUUGAAGAGGACGACGACCGCGUUCCCACACCGCCUGUCCGAGGGGUGGCUUCAUCGCCCGCCAUCUCCUUUGGCCAGCAGUCAACUGCGACUCUCACACCAUCUCCACGAGAGGAGAUGCAGCCAAUGCUUCAAGCCCACCUGGACGAGUUAACUAGGGCCUACCAGUUUGAUAUAGCAAAGCAGACAUGGCACAUCCAGAGCAAUACACAACCUCCUCAGGCUCCCGUGCCACCUUUAGGAUAUGUAUCUGGAAACAUUAUUUCAGAUUUGGAAACAGAUGUUCCAGAUGAUGAUGAGGACGAUAUUGAAGAGGAAGCUGUAGAAAUCACUAGGCCACUAAGAGGUCUAGAGCAUACUCCAGGCUCCAGUAUGGACAAUCUGGACAGCUCUGUGACAGGCAAAGUAUACCCUUCCUCUCAGAGACCUCGGCCAAGCAGCCCAUUUUCUACUGACAGCAACACCAGUGCCGCUGUCAAUCAGAGCCAGAGGCCGAGGCCGACUAAAAAACACAAGGGAGGCCGGUUGGACCAACCCCCCUUGCCUCAUCGUAGGGAGGGAAUAACAGACGAAGAGGCACUGGUACCUUAUAGUAAACCCAACUUCCCAUCCCCUGGUGGCCACAGCUCUUCAGGAACAGCUUCUUCUAAAGGAUCGACUGGACCUAGAAAAGGUGAAGUCUUGCGUGGAGGUCACCAACGCAAUGCCAGUGACCUUCUUGAUGUAGGCUAUGUGGGAUCAAACAGUCAAGGACAGUUUACUGGUGAAUUAUAGUAGUUGAGAAGACACAUUGCAAGCUGCUUUGAUGGACCAUCAGGUCUGAACUCAUGGAAGUGAUGACACUAAACAGUGCAAUGAACAUUUUCUUUAUUUAUGUACUAUUAAAAGAACUGUAAAUGCAAUGUAAAGACACACAGCCACACAUAUCCCACAGAUACUUUACUUGUGUUCUUCUCUCUACACCAUCCACCUUAAACUAUUCCUUGUCAGGAGUAUAUAAAAAAAAAGAAAGAAAAAAAAAUCACCCUCCAGGAUGAAAAGGAUUUCCUUCUGUAUAUAAUUUCUUUUGUUGCAUUGCUAUGCAAGCUCACCAUCUUUUUAGCUAUGUUCAUAUUCAUGUCUGUUUUUAUUGGUCUGUUGUACUAUAUGUGAAUUAAUAGGCUGUGGUGCCAUAUAUUAACUUUUAAUUGUGUAACUUUUAUGUUUAAAGUUUGCACUGCAAUUUUAUUUGGUGAUAAGCACAAAACUCUACUCCUCAUGACAUGAAGAAAAAAGAGACUGAAUGUGUGAAGAACGUUUAUGUACUGUAAGCUACUUUGAAUAAUGCUGGAUGUAAUGGAGCAUAUUAGGUGGUUUUCCAUUGGGGUGUAGAAAUAAGAAAGUGACAGGCAAAUCUGAUGUCUAUAAAGGCAUCAGAGAGAGACUUAAAUCUUUUAAAAGCAAAUGACAUGGUUGUUCUUCCUGUUUAAGAAGGGGUCAGAAGAUGGAAGUGUGAGUUUAAAGAGUGAAUAUGAAGAUAGAAGGUAGCGUACGAUGGUCUUGACCCUUUCACUAGAAUGAUAAGCUUCUUAACCCGUCCUAUCUGUUUUUAGCCAUCUGAGGC